GUAAGGUACAAGCAAUACAAACUUUCAAACUCCAUGUUGUAGUCAAGAAGAUUCUUGAAGUUGAUACAAUAAGUCAAUCAAGACUCUACCAAACUUUGAUUAUUAUUUUUUCAAUAAUCAUUUUUUUUUUUUACAUAUUAUAACCUAUAAAUACACAUACUAUAUCAAUUUUGUUGUCAAAAACAACCACAAUCAACUCAAAAAAAAAAGUCUCAAAAAUGGCUGUUGUUGUUAGUAAGGUGUUUUGUUCAAAUUAUGAGGUUGUUCUUGUAGUAAGAAGUCGUCCACAUGUUGUAAAUGGUGGUGGAUUUAUAGUCACAAAUAAUUGUACACAAAAUGUUGUUUUCAAAGUUGAUGGAUGUGGAAUUCUUGGUAAAAAAGAUGAAGUUAUUCUUAGAGAUAGUGAUGGACAUACUUUGCUUCUUAUUAGGAAAAAGGGAGGAGUAAUUGAAGCACUAAGCAUGCAAAAGAAAUGGAAGGGUUAUAGUAAAGAUUUUGAAGGUUCUGAAAAAUUGGUGUUUUGCUUGAAAGAGCCUAAUAAUUCUUGUUUCUUCAAGAAAAUGCCUAUCAAGAUUUCAAUUGAAUCAAAUCAUGACUACAAAAAUCACAAGAAUUUCCAAAUUUCUGGUCAUUUUCCUGAUAGAGCUUGUAGCAUUAUUGACUCCAAUGGCAAUGUAGUUGCAAAGGUUGGAGCUAGGAAAGAGUUACAACAAGUGAUGCCAAACAAAGAUGUGUACACAUUGACUAUUAAGGCAGGAAUAGAUCAAGCAUUUGUUGUUGGAGUUAUUGCAAUUCUUGAUUACAUAUAUGAUGGAUCUACAAGAUGUUAAUUAAUUAAUUAAUCAAUCUUUUUUUCUAUAUAUAGUGGCAAAUAAGAAAAUGGUCACCACUUAUUAAUUACUCCUAAAGUUAUAUGAAAGAUUCUUGUCAUAGAAUUGAUGAGAAUAUUGUUUCAUUACAAUCUUUAAAUUACUUUUAUGUAUUCAAUU